UUCACUCCGGUCGUUGACUGUGUAAAACACUCAAUUUUUAAGUUAUAACUUCAAUCCAUAAUAUUGUUAAAUAUCAAUAGUACAAAAAAAAAAAAUCCAAUUGGGGUUUUGUUAGAUCAAUUUAUAUUUUAUUAAUUAUGUCAUACCAAUACGGUUUCUAGAUCCUGCGCUAAACGGCAUGGAUCCAUUUAGGUGUCGAUCGAUACACUGUUCUGGUAAAAAUCGAUCUGGAUUAAAUAUUUCUGGGUUUGGAUACAUUGACUCGGCACGAUGCAUUAAAUGAAUUGGAAUGACUACAGGGACAUUCUGCAGAUACAAAAAACCAAAGUCAAAGUCAAACGUCCUGGCUACCAGGUUAUUUUUAUUUCUCAACAACUAACAUUGUGAGCAGUGCAACAGUGUGUGAUUCCAUACCAGCGUUAACAGUUCUCUGAUCAUCCAUAGUCAUCUCGCAAUGAACUGGCUGAGCAUAUUCUCCGGGUUUUUGGCUUCAGGUUCUUCCACAAUAAUAUGGACAUUGAUUAUCAUAUUGCUGACUUCCGGACUGUACAUAAUGUAUCAGGACAAACGGGCGAUCGAACGUCGGAAACAAAUAUCUCUACUACCGAGUAUAACAAAAACCCACUGGGAAGUACUCAAGCACACAUGGCACGCCGCUGGCUUGAGUCCUAAAGCUAUGAUACCAUAUUUCACCAGCGUUCUUAAAACAGUCGGACCACUGGUGCAUUUCAGUGCUAUAAUACGUGACUACAUCAUUAUAUGCGACCCAGAUGACAUAAAGAUAUUAUUGUCUAGUACUCAACAUAUUACAAAAGGACCGGAUUACAGGAUGCUCGAGCCCUGGUUGAACAAAGGGCUUCUGACCAGCACUGAUGAGAAAUGGCAAACGCGAAGAAAGCUACUGACUAAUACAUUCCACUUCAAAAUUUUAGAAACAUAUAUACCAGCUUUCAACAAGCAUGCAAACGGUUUAGUGCAAAACCUAGCCAGGGCAUCAAAGAACGACCAACUUGUCACGAACUUAGACUCUCACGUGACUCUAUGUGCAUUAGAUAUUGUAUGCGAACAUGGCUUUUUUUCACGGUUAGGUUCUUGUCGAGAGUCGUAUAAACCUUUCUUGAUUGAUGUUAUAGAAACAAUACUGGGCGUGAGCUUAAGAUCUCAAGAAGGACAAUCCAUCGAUUAUGUUAAGGCAAUAACAACCGUUGGUCAUAUACUUAUGAAAAGAAUAUUCACAAUUUGGCUUUGGAGCGACACGAUUUUCAACGUCAGUACUAGCGGUAGAGAUUUUUAUAAAUCGUUAAAAGUACUACACACCUUUAGUAAAAAUGUUAUUCAAGAAAGAAAACAAAAACUCAUUUAUUCCGAAAACCUAAUUCCCGAGUCUAAGGAAAGAAAAAAAGUGUAUUCAUUCCUCGACCUAUUAAUCGGCAUUUCCAAAGAACAUCCAAACUUAAUGACAGAUGCUGACGUUCAGGAAGAAGUAGAUACUUUUCUAUUUGAAGGACACGAUACAUCUUCAAUAGCCAUGACAAUGGCAUUGAUUCACAUCGGCAUGAAUCAAAACAUCCAGGACGACAUCCGAGAAGAGCUUCAGGGAAUAUUUGGUGACAGUGAUCGAGAUGCUACAAUGGAAGACCUUAAAUCCAUGUCGAUUUUAGAAAGAGUAAUAAGAGAAACCAUGAGACUUUACCCCAGUGUUCCUGGUGUUACGAGAAAACUGAAUCAACCAUUACGGCUUAAAAACCACAUUAUACCUGCAGAAUGUAUUAUAGCCAUCCCAUUUUGUAUUUUGCAUCUUGACGAAUCAAUAUAUCCAAACCCAGAAGUAUUUAAUCCCGAUCGAUUUUUACCAGAGCAGUGUAACGAUCGACACCCAUAUGGAUACCUGCCGUUUAGCGCAGGACCAAGAAACUGUAUUGGUCAGAAAUUUGCAAUGUAUCAAAUGAAGACUGUAAUAUCAACGGUUGUUAGAUACAAGCAUUUGGAAACAAUAGGAACACAAAAAGAUAUUGUUGUUUUACCACUGUUGGUAUUAAAAGCUGACGCUUUGCCCAGUUUAAAAAUAACACCUCUUUUCGAAAAUCAAAGAUCAAAUCACUUGUUCCAUACCAUCGUUAACAGUUCUUUGAUUCAUAGUUUUCUCGCAAUGAACUGGCUGAGCAUAUUCUCUGGAGCUUUGGCUUCAGUUUCGAACAUUUCUAUAAUAAUAUGGUUAUUGCUUAUCAUAUUACUAACUUGCAGACUCUACAAAAUAUAUUAUAACGAACGUGCGAUCGAACGUAGAAAACAAAUAUCGCUACUACCGAGUUCAACAAAAACCUACUUGGAAACUAUUAAUUUUAUAUGGCAAUUAGCUAGUAUGAGCCCUCAAGAUAUAAUACCCUAUUUCACCAGCGUUCUUAAAAGUGUUGGACCAUUAGUGUAUUUCAAUACUAUAAUACGUGACUACGUAUUUAUCAGCGAUCCCGAUGACAUAAAGAUAUUAUUGUCCAGUACUCAACAUAUUACCAAAGGACCGGAAUACAGGGUGCUCGAACCUUGGUUGAACAAAGGGCUUCUGACCAGCACUAAUGAGAAAUGGCAAACGCGAAGAAAGCUACUGACCAAUACGUUUCAUUUCAAAAUUUUAGAAACAUAUAUACCAGCUUUCAACAAGCAUGCAAAAGGUUUAGUGCAAAACUUAGCCAAUGCAUCAAAGAAUGACCUAAUUGUCUCGAACUUAGACUCUCACGUGACUCUAUGUGCAUUAGAUAUUGUAUGCGAAACGAUACUGGGUGUGAGCUUGAGAUCUCAAGAAGGACAAUCCAUCGAUUAUGUUAACGCAAUAAAAACUGUGAGUCAUAUACUUAUGAAAAGAAUGUUUACCAUUUGGCUUUUGAAUAACACGAUUUUCAAAAUCAGUACUUUGGGUAGAAAAUUUUUUAAAUCGUUAAAAGUACUACAUGCAUUUAGUAAAUAUGUUAUUCAACAAAGAAAACAAAAACUUAAUUUUUCCGAAAACCCGAUAACCGGAACUAAAGGAGACAGCAAAAAAGUACAAUCAUUCCUUGACCUAUUAAUCGGAAUUUCCAAAGAACAUCCAAACUCAAUGACAGAUGCUGACAUUCAGGAAGAAGUAGAUACUUUUCUAUUUGAAGGACACGAUACCUCUUCAAUAGCUAUGACAAUGGCAUUGAUUCACAUCGGCAUGAAUCAAAAAAUCCAGGAGGACAUCCGAAAAGAGCUUCAGGGAAUAUUUGGUGACAGUGAUCGAGAUGCUACAAUGGAAGACCUUAAAUCCAUGUCCAUAUUAGAAAGAGUAAUAAGAGAAACCAUGAGACUUUACCCCAGUGUUCCUGGUGUUACGAGAACACUGAACCAACCAUUACAGCUUAAAAACCACACAAUACCUGCACAUAGUAUUAUAGGCUUUUCGAUGUAUAUACUACAUCGUGACGAGUCAAUGUAUCCAAACCCAGAAGUAUUUGAUGCCGAUAGAUUUUUACCAGAGCAGUGUAACGAUCGACACCCAUAUGGAUACCUACCAUUUAGCGCAGGACCGAGAAACUGUAUUGGUCAAAAAUUUGCAAUGUAUCUAAUGAAGACGGUACUAUCAACGGUUGUUAGACACAUGAAAUUGGAAACACUGGGAACACAAAAAGAUAUUGUUGUUUCUACACAGUUGGUAUUAAAAGCUGAUUCGUUGCCCAGUUUAAAAUUAACACCACUUUUCGAAAAUCAUAAGAAAGAAGUACCUGGGUCGCUGUAGUGGAGUUAUUCUUAUAUAUACUUUUAUGUAUAAGCAGUUGUGGUUAAGGGAUAUUUAUGUAUUUUUU